UUUUUAUAUCACGAUAUUCCCCUUUUAGUCGCGAUGCCGGUCGCCCGGAGUUGGGUUUGUCGCAAAACCUACGUGACCCCGCGGCGCCCCUUCGAGAAAUCGCGCUUGGACCAGGAGCUCAAACUCAUCGGUAAAAUAAAAAAUAAUAAAAAAAAAUAUUAAAUUUUUUUUUUUUUGGCGAAUUUGGAAUUUUAAAAAUAUCGCGAUAUUUAUAUUUUAGGAGAGUAUGGGCUGAGGAACAAGCGCGAGGUGUGGAGAGUGAAGUUCACUUUGGCCAAAAUCCGCAAAGCRGCGCGGGAGCUGCUCACGCUCGACGAGAAGGACCCGCGGGUGAGGAAGCAGGUGGUGAACAUUCCCUCGUUCAUCGUGCGUUUGGACUCCCAAAAACACAUCGACUUCUCCCUUCGAUCCCCCUACGGCGGCGGCCGCCCCGGGAGGGUGAAGAGAAAAAACGCCAAGAAGGGGCAGGGGGGCUCCGGGGGCGGCGAGGACGAGGAGGAGGAUUGAGCACAAAAAAUAUAAAAAUUGGUGUUUUACCAAAUUUGGUGAGUUUUGG